CUUAAACCAUGAAAGUAUUUGCCGUCUUCGCCGCCGUUCUGGCCCUCGCGGUCUCAGCGCCCACCACUCAAUGGUCCCCGCAGGAUCUGCUCGAGAGCUUGAGGCCGACUGCGACCGACGCUUCUGGCAACCCCCUUGUCCAGAUCAUCGUCAAUAUCAACUCCCCGGCCGCUGCCGAGACCCCCGUCGUUGUUGAGGAGCCCUCUCCUGUCAUCAUCGUGGACGAGGCCCCACCGGUCCCCGAGCCCGUGGUCAUCGUUCCUGAGGUCCCCGUGCCCAUCGAGAUCGCCCCCACUCCUGUUGAGGUCGUCCCAGGUCCCACUCCCAUUGAAAUCGCCCCCGCUCCCCAGCCCAUCGAAAUCGCUCCCGCACCUACUCCAAUCGAGAUUGUUCCCGCUCCUACUCCCAUUGAGAUCGUUCCCGCUCCUACUCCCAUUGAGAUCGUUCCCGCUCCCCAGCCCAUCGAGGUCGUCCCGGCCCCAACUCCUAUUGAAAUCAUCCCCGCACCUUCUCCCAUUGAGAUCGCUCCCGCCCCUACUCCUAUCGAGAUCGUCCCCGCUCCUUCUCCCAUAGAGAUCGUCCCCGCACCUUCUCCCAUUGAAAUCGCUCCCGCCCCGACUCCUAUCGAGAUCGUCCCCGCUCCCUCUCCCAUUGAGAUCGCUCCCGCCCCUACUCCUAUCGAGAUCGUCCCUGCUCCAUCGCCCAUCGAGAUAGUCCCUGCACCUUCUCCCAUUGAAAUCGCUCCCGCCCCGACUCCUAUCGAGAUCGUCCCCGCUCCCUCUCCCAUCGAGAUCGCUCCCGCUCCCACUCCCAUCGAGAUCGCUCCCGCCCCUACUCCUAUCGAGAUCGUCCCCGCUCCUUCUCCCAUAGAGAUCGUCCCCGCACCUUCUCCCAUUGAAAUCGCUCCCGCCCCGACUCCUAUCGAGAUCGUCCCCGCUCCCUCUCCCAUUGAGAUCGCUCCCGCCCCUACUCCUAUCGAGAUCGUCCCUGCUCCAUCGCCCAUCGAGAUAGUCCCUGCACCUUCUCCCAUUGAAAUCGCUCCCGCCCCGACUCCUAUCGAGAUCGUCCCCGCUCCCUCUCCCAUCGAGAUCGCUCCCGCUCCCACUCCCAUCGAGAUCGCUCCCGCUCCCACUCCCAUCGAGAUCGCUCCCGCCCCUACUCCUAUCGAGAUCGUUCCCGCUCCCUCCCCGAUUGAGAUCAUUCCCGCUCCCCAACCCAUCGUCAUUGACGCCUAAGUUAUAUGCAGCUGAAGUGUUAUGGAAUGUUAAUGAAAAAUUUACGCAGUUUAUUGGCAGUAUAGCUAAAGAGUUUUAUGACAAAAUAAAUUUAAUAACUUAUACACCGAGUCA